AUGGUAGAUGCCUUUUGGAAACAGCAAAACUCAGCAUUUUUGAGACGCUUUAGAACCCUGGUUGGUAUGGCCCUCAAGAUAAGGAGCAUAAACGACAACUCAGCUGUGCAUUGUCCCGGAAAUCUUAACCUUUCUAUCAUGGCGAAUGCGCCAUUGGCAGAGAAGACGCUGUUUCUUGAGUAUUUAUCGCGCGGCGUGUUGACACAACCGACCACAGUCCUGAAACCUGCGAGGUCGGGUUACGCCUGCUCUGACGGGGACAGCGAUCUGGGCCACUACACUUGCAAUAUGGGCUUCCAACCCGGAGAACUGGGAGAGCUCGAACGUUUGCCGGGUUGGAUGGGAGCGUAUUGCUUGAGACCGCAUUACUUAAACGAGCAAGUACACAGGACAAUAUUUAUGCAUGAAGCGAUUUUCGAAAUGAAUUCUAAUUUUGGACCAACGCUUCGCGCAGUAGUUUAUGACAUCAGGGUGGGUCCCACGUUAAUACACGGUUACGAAAAGAUCUCCGAUUCUCUGUACAUUGAGAAUCUAAAGCUUUGUUCAACACCCGCCAUUUUUGAGUAA